CUAGUGAGUGUGUGCAGUGCUUUGGCACACUCUGACGUUGUGGUGCAGGUUUCAGUGUUGCACAGGCCGGGCCCAGUGCUGCAGGUUGUCCGGUAGGGUGCCCUGCCCGAGCUUACAAGCAUGCUGUUGAUGUCAGGAGCAGGAGAGGAGGGGAACGUGAGGAAUGGCUGAAAAACUGACGGUGGAAACAAACCAGCACGGCAAAUGAUUGUCCUGUGUGUUUAAACUGAAGAUUACCAGCCACUUAGCGACGCAUUAACAGGCACCGUUUUUUUUGUGUGUGUGGUUAUUUAAUGGGACAACGAAAACGCAAAAAAACGCAAGGUAGGCUACCGCUCCUGUCGCAAGCCCCUGCUACUUUAUUUCCAUGGACUAAUACGACACACAAGGGGGGCUGAAAAAUGUUUCGUAGCAAGGUAAAGCGCUCGUCUUCGAAGACGACGUUGGCUCUCUAACAUUAGCUAACCGCUAACGGUUGCGUUCUCUUCGCUCGGGCUCGUGAAUGUAUGAAGUGCUCGAGCGUUCUGUUUUGUUUUUUAAAAAGCGUCGGUUAGGCUUCAUCCUCUUCAUGCCUCAACCGACCAACCACAUGAGAAGUCGACGUCCGGGACACGUUUAACCACAAAACAAAAAGCCCCCUUCCCCCCCCACACACGCCGCUUUUUAAAUUUUUUUUUUUUUUAAGUCGCUUUCACCUGAACCGACGAGGAGAAAAAUGCGUGUGGAUUUGUUUUGGAUAUGUUUGUGGUGUUUCCUUCGUCCCGGUGCCACCGGUCAAGGGCAGUCGACGGCCGUUUGUUCGCCCUCAUGCAGCUGCGAUGAAGAUGGGGGUGCAGACUGCUCCGGGAGAGGGCUGACCACCGUCCCAACUGGGCUCAGUGCUUUCACCUACUACCUUGACCUGAGCAUGAACAACAUCACUGAGCUUCCAGCAUACGUGUUCAAGAACUUCCCCUACCUGGAAGAACUACGACUCGCAGGGAAUGACCUGUCAUUUAUCCACCCUGAAGCCCUGUCUGGACUCCAUCAGCUCAAAGUCCUCAUGCUCCAGAACAACCAGCUGAAGACUGUGCCCAGUGCAGCCCUGAAGAACCUUCAUUUUCUCCAGUCUCUCCGCCUGGAUGCAAACCACAUCACCACAGUCCCAGACGAUAGUUUUGAAGGUCUACAGCAGCUGCGCCACCUCUGGCUGGAUGAUAACAAUCUAACGGAGGUUCCCGUCGGUUCUCUGAGACACCAGGCAAACCUUCAGGCUCUGACGCUGGCACUCAACCGCAUCUCGUACAUACCAGACAAUGCCUUUGCAAACCUCACCAGUCUAGUUGUGCUGCAUCUUCAUAACAACAGAAUAAAGGAGAUCGGAGACAUCUGUUUUGCUGGACUCGUGAACCUGGAGACGCUAGAUCUUAACUUCAACAAUCUGAUGGUUUUUCCCAAAGCAAUAGAGGCCCUGCCCAAACUCAAGGAACUCGGGUUUCAUAGCAACGAUAUUGUUUCCAUACCUGAAGGGGCCUUCCAUAACAACCCCCUGCUGCGAACCAUACAUCUUUACGACAACCCUCUGUCCUUCGUGGGCGCUUCGGCUUUCCAGAAUCUGUCUGACCUGCACUCGCUGAUGUUGCGAGGGGCCAACAUGAUGCAGGACUUCCCCAUCCUCACGUGGACUAAUAACCUUGAGAGUCUGACCCUGUCAGGAACUAAGAUAUCGUCCAUCCCCGCUGAUCUUUGUGAGGAUCUCAAGUUGCUUCGGACGCUAGACCUGUCCUACAAUGAGAUCAAGGAACUGCCAGCCCUUCAGGGCUGCGUCAGACUACAGGAGAUAAGCUUUCAGCACAACCACAUUCAACAAAUCGACAGGGACACUUUCCAGGGGCUCUCUGCUCUCCGUUUGCUAGACCUGAGUAGAAAUGAAAUCCGAGUUAUCCACAGAGAUGCCUUCCUCACCCUCAACGCACUCACCAACCUAGAUCUGAGCAUGAACUCUCUGACUGUGAUUCCAACAACCGGAUUGAGCGCGCUCAGUCAGUUGAAACUCUCAGGGAACCCGCAGAUGAAAAAUGUGCUGACUGCAAAAAACCUGCCCAAACUCAGGUCCAUCUCUGUCCCGUAUGCCUACCAGUGCUGUGCGUUUGUUGGAUGUGACUCAGUGACAAGUUCUUCUGAGGAAAAUGACGUAAAGAAAUCUACAGGCGGGGAAGACGUAGAAAGAAUCUCCAUGAUUAUGCAUUGCUCUCCUUCACCAGGAGCCUUCAAGCCUUGUGAGCACCUGCUGGGUAACUGGAUGAUUCGUCUGACUGUCUGGUUCAUUUGCCUGGUGUCGCUGGUCUUUAACAGCCUGGUACUUGUGGCCACCUUCUCCUCCACACACCGAGCCACAGGCCACUCCCACUCCCUCGCUCCCUCGCUCUCUCUCUCUCCGGCCAGGCUGCUCAUGGGACUGCUGGCCCUUGCCAACCUUCUUACAGGCCUGUAUGUAGGAGUGCUGACUGUGCUUGAUGUCGCCACCUGGGGCUCCUUUGCUGAGUUCGGUGUGUGGUGGGAGAUGGGACCCGGCUGUCAGAUCACAGGAGCUCUGGCUGUCUUCUCAUCAGAGUGGGCCGUCUUCUUGCUGUCGCUGGCGGCUGUGGAGCGCAGCAUGGCUGUGCGGACAAUUCUUGGGAAGGUCAUGAUGUCGCCUAGGAGGAAUGGCGGCAGCCAUCGAGGGUGCUGGAGGGGAGAUCGGCGCUUCAGGCUAGCCGCAGGACUACUGGGGCUGCUGGCUGCUGCUGGAGCCUGCCUGCCUCUCCUGACGUCCAACGACCAGACCACCUCUCCUCUCUGCCUGCCCUUCGCCGGUGGUGAGAGUCCAGCUCUGAGCGUUACGGUCGUUCUGGUUCUGCUCAACGCGCUGGCUUACCUGUUCACCGCAGCUGUGUACACCCAGCUGUACUGCCACCUGGGCAGGGUGGAGCUGGCAGAUCCAGAGCAGACGGGUGCGCUGCGUCAUGUAGCCUGGCUCAUCUUCACUAACUGCAUCUUCUUCUGCCCCGUGGCAGCUUUCUCCUUCGCCCCUCUCUUGACUGGCUCUACAGCCGGCGGCCCAGAGAUUGCCAAGUCAGUCACCCUCAUUUUCUUCCCGCUGCCUGCGUGCCUGAACCCAGUGCUGUAUGUGUUCUUCAGCCCAGCGUUCAGGGAGGACUGGCUGAGACUGCGCGGCCGCGGAGGUUUGAGCAGGGAGGUGAAGGCCGGCACCGAAAGUCACGGAGACGAUGGCGGCGGAGGGUCGGAACUCACGGACAGCGGCUCCUCCACCCACCUUGGCUUUGACUGUGGGGUGUACUCGCAGCUUUGUGGAGAGACAGUUGUAUGCGAGCAGUGCGAGGCAGCUCUGCAUGCCAGGACCUGCUCUUCUCCCUCGUCCUCCACAGUCUGUAGACACUUGGUGAAGUCUCACAGCUGUCCCACCCUCCUGGCGGGAGCUGCAGUGUGCCAGCGCGCCGAAGGGUUUUGGGCAGACAGCGGCACGCCCUCCGCUCAGUCCGAGUACGCAGACGAGGGGGACUCGUUUGUGUCGGACAGCUCGGACCAGGUCCAGGCCUGUGGCAGAGCCUGCUUCUGUCAGAGCAGAGGCCUUCCUCUGGUACACUACUCAUACAACAUACCUCGAGUCAAGGACUAAAGACGCUUUAGAGCGGCAGUACGUCUGUGUGCACAGAUCUCUCUGUCAUGUGAAUUCAGAUGCUAUGAGAAUAUGUAAACAUUUUUAUACCCGACAACAAAAUGUGCCAACUACCCUGCUAAAAUACUAUUCAGUAAGCACUUAUGUUUGUAAUUACUGUGUAAACAGAGAUGGAACCAAUCAUUUAAAGGGAACUUGGUGUGCUUUUUGAACUGAGAGACCAUUUCCAAGUGAACUGAGCACAUCAUGUUACAAACUAGUCAACAAAGGAUCUCGCAAAGGAAAAUCUCGCCACCAGUGCCUGCCUCUUGCUUUUGAUUGGAUGUCAUGAUGUUGCGAGUCUCAAUGUACGUGUCAAAGAUUUUGUGAUUUUUCUGUCUCACCUGUACUUAUAAGCUUUUUAAUUGUUAUACUUUUUUUUACUUUGAUUUUUCUUGUUUGUGUUUUUUUUUUUCCACAUAAAUGUAGCACAUGUAAUAAUCAUCCUAGACUUUUCUGUGUGAAUGUAACUUUCAGGUGGUCUUCACCCGCCAGAGGGGGGGGGGGAAAUGUAACGUCAGCAAUAACUUCUGCCCUACUUGCCUGUGAUCGUAAUCUUAUCAGUGUGAGGAUGGUGUAAGUAAAUGCCAGUCUGUAAUAAACACUUAAGAAUGUGAUAAAAGUAGCAGAUAUCACUGUUUUAGCAACAACUCUGCUCGGGGGCGGUGAUUGUUAUUUAUUGCUUGAGCAGCUGGAGUGUUUGGGUGGAGACGAUUUCAGGUGUGUGAACGGUGGCCUUUUGAAUGACACAAUCCAAUCCUAGCAUUCACCAAAACAACCGAAAACACUAACAAAAACUAGCACGCACAGACCAGUUUAGGUUAUUAUUUUCAUUAGUCUGAAGGAUAGUUCCACUUAUUACAAACCAGACCUUAUUUUCUGAGUUUUUGCCAUCAUGUUGUUUGAAUUGGAUGAUUUUUUUUUUUAUUAUUUCUUAGCUGCAGAGCUACAGUACAUGUUCUGUUUGUUAGUGGGCCAAGAGACACAUCAAACCCUACAGACAGAAACACUUAAAUGAGACCUGCUUUUAUCUGAUUGGCUGACAGGAUUGUUGACUUAUUGCUCAGUUGAAUUGUGUGUUUUAAUAAGCAAACAGGAUUUGAAAUUAAAAUGAAACCAUUAUCCUCUAACUUCUCGCUCAACAUGAAAAAAAUUCAACAUUUUGGGAAACAUACUUAUCCGCUGGCUUGCUGACACUAAGAUGAGAAGAUCAAUAGCACUUAUCACAUUUCUAUAUGCUAAAUAUGAACCACCGGCCAGCAGCUGGUUAUCUUAGAUUAGCAUAAAGACUGGAAGCAGAGGGGAAACAGCUAGCCUGUUUAAUCUAUUCAAAAACUGAAGGAUUAAACAAACGAGAUACGAGGUGUUGAUUAGUGAGCUUUUGAUGUGCUGGUAGGUGGAUUAUGUUACACAGAGGAGGUCUAGCGGUUUCCAGACUUUAGCUAAGCUAACUGGCUGGUGGGUGUAGCUCUAAUUAGCAUAUAGAUAUGAGAGUAGGGUCACUUUUCUCAUCUGACUCUGGGCACGAAAGAAUAUUUCACAAAGGAAAAACACACUAAACUUUUUGGUUUUAUUUCCCCCCACAAAUUGUAGACGUGAACUGUUGUCAUAGUAACUAUAAUAACUUUUUAACCGACAUCAAACAGGGAAAUGCAAAAAAAAAAAAA